GAUGCGAAAUACAAGGCCUACCUGGAAAAGCCGGUGGAGUCCAUCCGCAUGUGCAUCGGUAGGGUCGACACCAACUGCGUGAAGCACACUUUCAAGAAGAAGUACAAGAGCGCCAAGGAGCUCUUCACAUCCGGCUACAUCCGCGAUACCACCGUCGACCGCGACGGCAUCCUCGCGACCUUCGGCCCGGCAGCCGGGAGUUUCCAGGACUGCCCGAUGCAGAGGCCAGGCUUCAACAUCGAGUGCAACGAUGGCAACAAGGCUCGUUGGGGCUUCUGCCUCAACUGCGCCAGCCAGGGCUGCCAGAAUGACGACAGCAACGACGCCGACGCAGCCAUCGGCAUCGGAAUCGCAGGACAGGCCACGGACACCGAGCUGGGGGGAGGGUGGACAGCGUACUUCGCCUCCGGGAAAGGCACGUGCAGCGCCAACAGCAAGACCUUCAAGUCCGUCUGGCUGUGGGUCAGCUCCGGCAAGACCUCCAAGCCGGCACAAGACGUGGCCCUCGCCGGCGACUUCGCCAGCAUCGCCCAUGGCGACGAGGACAAGUUCCUCAAAGAGUGCAGCGCGGCUUUGGCACCAGCGAAGUGCGUGAAGGUCGUGCCCCGCGCGGUCCAAUUCCUCGUCACCGUGACGGCCCCCGGUGAGAAGACCCUCGAGAGAACGGUGAACAAGGUCUUCAAUGCUGGUCUUGGCUUGAAAAGCCUUGGUCACGUGGAGCCGGUGCUUUUGGAGUGUGAGGGCAGCUUGGCCAAGGGCGGGAGCACCAAGUACUGGGCGUGUGACAACCAGCCGCUGGACAAGUGUGACGCGACCUACACGCAGACGCCUACGGGCGAGUACUACCAGUGUGGGGUCAGCGGGCCGAAUUGCUUGGGUACCGGCCCUGCCUGCACUGCGCCGCGAUGA